AUGGAAAUCCUGUCACUACGAGAGCAGACAAUUGUUGUGAAAAGGACUGACUUGCUAAAGAAUGUUGAGAAUGGUCUUGCACUAAACCAGCUUCCACCUUCACAGCCACUGCCCAAUGGCUCUCAACUGGUUCAAUUUGUGGAUAAUGGUCAACUGAACCAAAUCACAACUACAGUGCAUGCUCAAAAUAAUUCUCGUGUGCAGCAGAUGCUCAAAGGAAAGCUCAAAGCCCUGGGCAUAACAGAGAUUGUGACGGGUAUAAUUGUCAUAAUCAUUGGAAUUGUACCAUUCAGCAUUGCACCACGUCAAUUUCUCUCUGUCAUCUUUUCCCUAAUAGUUGGCAUACCCUGGUGGACUGGAGCUCUAUUUAUUGUUGCAGGAUCGUUUGCUAUAGUUGUUGAAAAGAUGCCAACUCAUUGCAUGAUCAGAGGUUGUUUAGCAAUGAACAUCAUCAGUGCCAUUUUCUGCUUACCAGCUACAAUAAUUUAUGUUUUAAACCUUACAAUUAUCAGCAUUUCUUAUUCUGGGAGUACAGCAUGUAUCGUCAUACUUCUCCUGUUGACACUACUUAAUGCAGCAAUAUCUGUUGCAAUUUCAAGCUUCAACUGUAAAGCUAUGACUUGUUGCUGCAAGACACCAGCUGUAGUAAUUAUUGUCGUCUACAGCAAUGCAUCUGCACAACCAAUUCCCCCUCCACAGUUCCAGGAGAGUCCUCCUCCCUACAGCGUGAUGGUGACAGAAAAUGUGUAUGCCGGAUAA